GGCUGAGCUCAGAGCCAACAUCUCAUUACCUCUCCAAUACAGUCUAAAACUGAGGCUCAUUGUGUCCCAGCAGUCAAGGUGCUCUCUCUCUCUCUCUCUCUGUGUUUGACUGCACUCACACAAAGACCAGGAGCCAUGGCUGUGGCUAAUUUCCACUACAUCACCCGGAUGAGCAGUGGCUUCAAGGUGUACAUUUUAGAAGGUCAGCCCCACCUCAGGAGCGAAGACAGAUUCAGACACAUCACCAAUGACCGGGCUCGAGUGCCAACGGUGUACCCAAUCAAACGCAAGCGCAGUCACGAGAGAGGGCUGACAUUGGAGGAAAGGCGAGAGCGGGUGCUGAGCAGGAGCAGCGGCAAAGCUGCACAGAAAGCCACGCCAGCGCCGGCCGUCUUCAACAGGCCACAGAGCCCCACGUCCACCUGGAGUCCAACUGCCAGCCCCACCAGUCCCCUGCCCACCCAUGUGUACUACGCACCAGUCAUGGAUGAACCACUCGCGCUCAUCAAGAAACCAAGAAAAGAUCCCGAGAGCACGGAGGACAAGACUAAGAGUUCUGCCACCACUCACAUCCAGAUGCGUCCCUCUGUGAUCACUUGCGUCUCCUCAUCCAGGAGCCCCUCCUGCAGAUCUGAGGUCCACAGGGGCCACUCAUCAGUUAUUUCCAAAUGCAACUAUGACCAUGUGGUCGAGGAGCAUUUCCAGAGGAGCCUCGGAGUGAACUACCAGAAAGCCCGCUCCCAGCAGCUCUCCAUCAGCGUGUCCGUCGACGACCACUUCACCAAGGCUUUGGGAGACAAGUGGCUGCAGAUCAAAUCCAAGUCCUCUUCCUGUUCUUCCACACCUCCCAGCAGUCCAAGCGUUACUCACUCCCCCACCUACAGCCACAGCCCAAAUCAGUCCCACAAAGAGUCCGCCAGCAGCUCAUCGCCGACUUCCAGCCACUGGCCUGUCAAUUAAAACAGAAAUGGCCUCCGUUGUGGGAACAAACUGGACUCUUAACAUUUCACUGCGUGCAGCUCUGCUUGCUGGGCAACGGAAAUGCCAGCGCUAGCAUUGAGAGUGCGAGCUAACAGUUGCAGGAGUGCUAUCACUUUGGACCCCCGUACGUCCGAAUUUAAGACACACUGACGCAGACAAAAUGUAGCACAAAUCGGGACAUCCUUGUUAUGUUACAUUUCUAUCCUGAGCUUGUCGAUAGCAUCUGAAUACCUGAGCUACUGUAGAUGGUAUUGUGGGGUGAUUGAAAAAUCAGCCAAGUAAUCCUUUACAUUUCUUUGUUUAUGUGUCUGUGUGUUCUCGCGCAGUCUGAAAGACACAGUUUUGUUGUAUUGUAUUUAUAUUCUGUUAUGAAUGGGACCCUUAUAGUCUAAGUGACUUGUCUAUCUGCUGUACAAUAUUGUGCUUACAUCACAAAAGAAAGUCUUUGAAGAAAGGCCUUGACAAAAUAAAAAUCUCUUAAAUCCUUU